AUGCCAAUCAAAAAAAAUCCAAUAGACGAGGAAAAUAUUCUGGAAUUAGGAUGGUAUGGAAAAAUAGACAAAUAUUUAUGCCAACUAGCUCCGAAUGGCAUAAUAAAAAUCAAAAAUCGAAAUGACAUGAUACAAUUAGGUUUGGAAAUGAAUAAAAACUAUGUGCGAGAGAAUGUGAGACAAAUGAAAGAAAAUAUGAAACUAGCAAAAGACUUUGAAUUGAAAUUGGUGUUAAAAAACAAAGUGCGUCCGGAAAUAGCAAAUAAAUCUGUCCUAAAGCAUCCCGUCGUUGCCCAAAGGCUAAGGGCAGAAAGAUUCCUUGAAAUCAACAAGGAAAAGCCGAAAAAACACUAUUUACGGCCGUAUGUCGUGGAAUUUGAAAACAUUAGUUGCUACAAUAUUCCGUCAGAAGCUGAACGAUUGGGUAUAAAAUUCAGGGAACUGGAAUUCGGAGAAAGUUGGGUUUUUGAUUAUCAUAAACACGGGAGAAAUUUAAAACAAAAACGGAAAGAACAUAACAAAAAACUCGGACUACACCUGCCACAAUCACACUUACAAAGGAAAUUAAUCGACGAUCAGUUAAACUCAUUGACUCAGAUGAAUAUAAACAACCUUCAAGACCUCAAAAUUUUCCACGAAAAGGCCAGAAAACUUAUGAAAGAACCCUUUCGCGGCCGUUAUUAG